UUGCAGAGUGUGUCUUGAUAGAUGUUUAUUGUUCUUUUAAGAGCUGUCUUUAUACCCUGGCGAUUUAUAUAUCCUGGCGAUUUAUAUACCCUUUUGGGCGACGAUAUAUAUACCCAACUGGGCUAGCGUUGCGCUAACUGUAGUUGACUAGUAAAUAUAUUCUGUCCUGCUGUCGUCAACGUCACUCAAGCAAAGCGCACACGAUGCCCUUCAGUGGCCGCCCCAGUCCCAGCUGUCUGGGCUGUCGUGAACGGCGAAUCAAGCAGUGCGACCGUGUGCGCCCUGCCUGCUCGCAGUGCCGACGGGUGGGCAGGUCCUGCACCGGCUAUCGCGACGUGGAUGCGUUGAUCUUCCGUGACGAGAAUGCCAGAACGCGACGCCGGGCGCUGAAGCCCCUGCGGGAUCAGGAUGCAAGCGCCGGUGGUGGCAGGGAGGUGGCGUUGCUGCGCGCCGACUCGGAUAUGCGCCUGCUCUCCCCCGUGGAAGACCAGGCGUUGCGGUUCUUCUUCACCCAUUUCGCUAGCAUUCGCUCUGAACACGUCCACUCGUCGCUCUUCUUCAGCGGCCUCGCCGACAACCCCUCGCUGCACGACGCUGUCUUGUCGGUCGGGCUGGCGGCCAUGGCGAACGUCACGGGCGAGAAGGCGGCGAUGACCCUCGCGCAGCACAAGUACGCAUCGUCUGUUGGGGUCGUGAGACGGGCAGUGCAGGAUCCGACAAAGGCCAGUCCGCACCAGACCAUUCAGAUCAUCCUCAUGCUCAGCUUGUUCGAGAUGGUGAGCUGUCCGGAACACGCGAUCGACGCCUGGGCGGUGCAUCUGGACGGCGUGGCGGCUUUGUUCGCCCAGACGGGCUUUGGCUGGUCGUUCCGGCAGACGGAAUACAAGAUCCAGCUGCAGUUCUGCUACCUGUUGAUCCUCAAGUACUUUCUCGUCGGGGGGCCCUUGCCCGUGCAACUGUUGAUCUGGGGUCCUCGAGUGAUCAGUCUGGCCUCUGCGCAGGAGCUGCCCGCCGCUCGCCUGCUCGACAUCUUCCUCCGCUUCGCGCGGCUGUACUCGUUGCUCGGUGAUACCGCCGUAGAGAAGAGGGCGGUGGUGGACCGGGCGAUCGCUCUCGACGCCGAGCUGGAGGUAUGGGAGUCGAGUCUCCCCCCGGAAUGGUCCUUUACCCUCCAACAGUCCAUGGACAGGGCGCACACAUACGAGGGAACAUACCAUCUCUACCACGAUAUGUGGGCGGCGAGGAUCCUCAACCAUUACCGCUGGGGACGUCUGCUGGUCAACGAGAUCAUCCUCGCGUAUACCACCGUCACCAUCGCCUCUUCCGCCACCAGACACCGUGCGUUGGAAACCAUCAGACGCAUGGCCGUCGACCUCUGCGCCGGCGCCGCCACCCAGAUGAAGCAUGUGGAUGUCGACUGCAGCAUCCGCCCCCCCGCGAUCGGCAUGCGUGAACCCCCGCUGAGCGGUGUCUUCAUGUUGAUCUUCCAGCUCGCUGUCGCUGGCCGGGCCUCGGGGGUGCCGCAGACCCUGCGUGCCUGGGUUCGCGCCCUCCUCGAUAGACUGGGGUAUUCCCUGGGCAUCCGCCGGGCCUUGGAGGUGUUUCCUGCCGGCAGUAGCAGCAUCCUUAGGCCCUUGCAGAGGCCGGGCCAAGAAACAACUGAAUGGAGAUGGAAUGGAAAGUGAAGCAUAUGCAAAUGGAUUAAGACUAGAAUAUUGUCAACCAUGUGGUUCAUGAACUACUCAAUUGUUGAAUCAACAAUAUCCAUGCAGCUAUUCCUAACUGUCUCCUUCUCACCCUCCUUGCUUCGGUGAUCUAUCAUAUGCAGAUACGUCUUGUGUGACAGGUUCUAUUGCACACCUCCUUGCAGAUAUCGUUUGAGAAUGAAUCGACGAGUACAAAACCAUCAUGAAUCCCCCCCUUCAA